ACUGGGCGUCACAUUCUUUUGCUGUCACCGUCUCUUCGUUACACACCAGCCCCAACCGCCCUCAGUAUUCUUUCUCUACGUCACAUUUGCCAUACUUCAAUAUAUCCUUUGUUUGCUCAAUUCACGGGUUGAAUUAAAAUCGGAAGUGCUUGGAAUUCACUGCACUCAAGUUUCAAAACCCUACUUUAAUAAGUGACUUCCAUUCUUUGAGUCACUUUUCUUGGGGUUUCAAUGGAAGAUUGUGAAUGGGUUCUUGUAAAGGAGCCCACAGACAGAGAUAUAUGGAGCCCAAGUUUGAAAAAUGGUGAAGAAAGUUCUUCUUCGAGGCCUCUGGAGAUAAGGUUCAAUGAGGCAGCUAAGCAUUGGACUGAUGCUCUUCCCAUUGGUAAUGGCCGGCUUGGUGCCAUGAUUUGGGGUGGUGUUUCAUCUGAAAUUCUCAAUCUUAAUGAGGACACACUCUGGACUGGAACUCCUGGGGAUUAUACUAAACCUGAAGCUCCAAAGUCAUUGGCUGAGGUCAGAAAACUUGUUGAUAAUGGCCAAUAUGCUGAGGCUACUGAAGCGGCUGUACAAUUGACGGAUAAUUCCCCUGAUGUUUACCAGCUCCUUGGAGAUAUUAAGCUGGAGUUUGAUGAUUCUCAUGGGACAUUUCAAGAAGAAAAGUAUGAGAGAGUGUUGGAUUUGGACACAGCAACAGUGAAAGUAAACUACUCUGUGGGUGAUGUAGAAUUUGCAAGGGAAUAUUUUGCAUCAAAUCCAGAUCAAGUGAUUGCAGCAAAGGUUUCCGCAAAUAAGCCGGGGUAUUUGGCUUUUACUCUAUCUAUGGAUAGCAAAAUGCAUCAUCAUACUUAUGUCAGUGGAAAUAAUCAAAUUAUUAUGGAAGGAAGUUGCCCAGGCAAAAGAAAGCCCCCCAAGGUGGACGCAAAUGACAAUCCCAAGGGAAUUCAAUUUACAGCAAUUCUUGACUUACAGAUCAGUGGAGGCUCAGAUAAUCUACAAGUUUUGGACAAUAGGAGGUUCCGUGUCGAGCAUUGUGAUUGGGCUAUUAUCCUUCUAGUGGCCUCUUCAUCAUUUAAUGGACCUUUUAUCAAGCCUGCGGAUUCAAAAAGGGAUCCCAAGUCAGAGUGUUCAAGCAUGUUGAAUUCAAUAAAGAAGUUUUCAUAUUCUGAAUUGUAUGCGCGGCACUUGGAUGACUAUCAGAAGCUGUUUCAUCGAGUUUCACUGCAGCUGUCAAAAAGCUCAGACAGCGUAGCAAAAGAAAGUGGUAGAGUUUCGACUGCAGAUAGGGUGAAAUCCUUUAAAACUGAUGAAGAUCCAUCUCUAGUUGAGCUUCUAUUCCAGUAUGGUCGAUACCUGCUUAUUGCUUGUUCACGUCCUGGUACCCAGCCAGCGAACCUGCAGGGCAUAUGGAACUGCAUGUUAGAGCCACCAUGGGAUUGUGCCCCUCAUUUGAAUAUCAAUCUUCAAAUGAACUAUUGGCCUGCACUCUCGUGCAAUCUUAAGGAGUGUCAAGAACCUCUUUACGACUACACAACAUCUCUGUCCCUCAGUGGAUGCAAAACUGCAAAAGUGAACUACGAAGCAUCAGGUUGGGUUGCUCAUCAAGUGUCUGAUAUAUGGGCAAAAACAUCCCCAGAUCGAGGUCAGGCUGUUUGGGCUCUGUGGCAAAUGGGUGGAGCUUGGAUUUGCACCCAUUUAUGGGAGCAUUAUACUUACACAUUGGAUAAAGCGUUUUUGGCAAAUAAGACUUAUCCCUUGCUGGAAGGUUGUACUUCAUUUCUGUUGGAUUGGUUAAUUGAAGGCCGCGGAGGUUAUUUGGAAACCAACCCAUCAACCUCUCCUGAGCAUGCUUUUAUUGCACCGGAUGGUAAGGCUGCUAGUGUGAGCUACUCAUCAACCAUGGACAUGUCAAUCAUUAAAGAAGUUUUCAGUGACAUUGUCUCUGCUGCUGAGGUACUUGGAAAAAGUGAUGAUGAUCUAAUUAAAAGAGUUCUUAAAGCUCAACCUCAUCUUUGUCCAACCAGAAUUGCAAGGGAUGGUUCUAUCAUGGAAUGGGCACAAGAUUUUGAGGAUCCAGAGAUUCAUCAUCGUCAUGUCUCACACCUUUUUGGCCUCUUCCCAGGGCACACAAUCGGUGUACGGGGAACUCCUGCCCUCUGUAAAGCGGCAGAUUAUACCCUAUAUAAAAGAGGGGAGGAGGGUCCAGGUUGGUCAACAACAUGGAAAACCGCACUAUGGGCGCGUCUUCAUAACAGCGAGCAUGCAUACCGCAUGGUCAAGCAUCUGUUUGAUUUGGUAGAUCCUGAUCAUGAGGCCAACUUUGAAGGAGGUCUCUACUCUAACCUGUUCACAGCACACCCUCCUUUCCAGAUUGAUGCCAACUUUGGUUUUUCUGCAGCAGUAGCAGAAAUGCUUGUGCAGAGCACCAUGAGAGAUUUGUACUUGCUCCCAGCCCUUCCUAGAGAUAAAUGGCCAAACGGUUGUGUUAAAGGCUUGAAAGCACGUGGAGGUGUGACGGUCAGCAUCUGCUGGAAUGAAGGAGAUCUCCACGAAUUCGGCCUAUGGUCAAAUGGACGGACUACUACAAAACGGCUGCAUUACAGAGGGCGUAGUAUCGCAACAAAGAUACUGACCGGCAAGGUUUACACGUUCAACAAGCAGUUGAAUUGUGUGAAAACAUACGCUCUCUUCUAGUGGUUCCAAGCUAGCCUGAUGGGAAUUUGAACUCAUUACAUGUCACUUUUAUUUUCUAGCGGAAGGUAAAAUUACCAUGUUAAUAACCGAUUUCCCUUUAAUUUAGAUGUGAUGUUGCCUUCUCUUCCCGCUA